AUGCCUCCUAAAGUAGAUUCUAAAACUAGCGAAAGUGAUAAGGAGAUUCAGGAUACUAAACUGUCUAUCUUAAUUGCUAAACGUGAAGCUAUAUUCGGUAUCAUGCAAAAUGUCUUUGACUUAUCUCGUGAACCCGAUGUUCAAACGAACGUUGAAAAAAGAGAACAUUUUCUAGACGAAUCUUCACAAAUUGAUUCAUUGCGUUUAAAGUACGAGUCUAUUGUAGACGAUUAUAAUACACGUUUAUUAAACUUAAAUUCAGAUGCAAAACCUGAUUACAAAAGUCUGUAUGCUUUUGAGACUUUGUAUAAUAGGGUCAAACGAACUCAUACAAAAUGCUCAACUUUAAAUACGACACCAGAAAUACAUAAUGCGACCUCCGCGCUGCUAAAAGCCAAGCCGAAGCUAGCUCCCAUAUCGAUAUUAGAAUUCGAUGGUGACAUUAAAUCUUUUCAGAUGUUUUAUACGACCUUUAAGUCAGUAGUAGAUAAUAACCCAUCACUCACAGAUGCAGAAAAGCUAUUUUAUCUGUUACCGAAGCUGACAGGGAAGGCAAAAAGCGCAAUCGCUGGAAUUUCUCCGUGUGCUGAGAAUUAUCAGCUCGUUUUACAAACACUCGUCAAUAGGUUCGAUGAUAAACAACGUUUUAAGUGCGUCAAGGAGAAGAAUGCCUGUGUGAACUGCCUGUCUAUAAAACAUAAAGUCGGGCAAUGUGAAGUCUCCCCGCACUGUUCGUGUGGUCAGAAACAUAACAAAAGGCUGCACUUUGACCAGCGCGAGGAACAUUCCCGCGCGCCUCAGUUGAAUACCGUCAUGCCGCCACCGAACGCACCUACCGUUACCGCGUCAUCGCCCGUUUCCCGCGCGCCUCAGUUGAAUACCGUCAUGCCGCCACCGAACGCACCUACCGUUACCGCGUCAUCGCCCGUAGCGGAUGAUCGCGUCGACGUAGCACUGUGCGCUUGCGCUUACGGCGUACCUGAUAAAAUUGAUGCUUUAAUAGGAGCUUCCCUAUUUCCACAUUUGCUUCUCCCCGACGACGUCCAUACGUCACGUCGCGACCCGUCGGUGCCCGUUGCAUUGCGCACGGUGUUAGGUCUGGUGUUCAUGGGCAAUGCGCCUAUGAUACCUACUAUAAAUACUCAUACGGCCUUGACAUGUUGUUUCGUUCAAGAGCCUCCUGCUAUUGACUCUUUAGUCAAGCGUUUCUGGGAACUUGAAGAACUUCCUUCCGCUUCCAUUCAGAAUCCUGAUGAUAAUGAAUGCGAAGACUUCUACACUUCGACUACUGUCCGAGAUCCCGAUACGGGCAGAUACGUUGUCGGGCUGCCAUUUAAAGAGGAUCUAUAUUCCCUAGGGAAUUCUUUGGACAUAGCUAAGAAACGUUUCAUCUGCCUCGAAAGAAAGCUUGAAGCUUCGAAUAAAUUGAGGUCGGCAUAUGAUGACGUCAUAAAAGGUUAUCUCGCGAAAGAUUAUAUUUCUCCCGCGCCUUCAUACGAUUCUAAAGAUCCUGUUCCGAUUUACGUGAUGCCACACACGGGGAUUUUACGUGAAGACAAACUCUCGACGAGACUGAGAUUAGUCGUCGAUGCUUCUUGUCGUUCUAGUUCUGGAAAGGCACUGAACCAUCUGCUACAUUCCGGUCAAAAUUUACAGGGAGAUCUUUUUAAAAUAAUUUUGAAUUUUCGUCUGCAUGCAGUGGCAAUGACAGCCGACUGCCGAGAACAGUUUCUACAAAUCGUUAUGCGCGAAGCUGAUCGUCGCUAUCAAUGCUUCUUAUACCGCUUUAAUCCACAAGACCCUCUUGUGCUAUAUCAGUUCAAUCGAGUCUGUUUCGGUCUCACUUCCAGUCCCUUCCAUGCACUGCGCACGGUAAGACAGCUGGUGAAUGACGACGGCGCAAAAUAUCCACGAGCGAAUAGCAUUGUGCUACCCGCGCUUUAUAUGGAUGACGUAGCUUUCUCGCUUCCAAGCGAACUAGAGGCAGUCACUGUGUCGCUGCAGAUGAUCGAUCUUUUUAAGGGUGCACAGUGGGAAUUAGUUAAGUGGAACAGCAAUUCUCGCGAGGUCUUAGAUAACCUUCCUGCGUCCCACAAACUUCCGACUGAAGUGGAGUUUGACAAAACCAUGCACCAUAAAAUACUUGGUCUGCAUUGGUAUACUGGAAAUGACGCUUUCUAUUUUAAAAUUUCUGUGCCCGACGAUGUGACAUGCACUAAGCGCUCCAUCUUGUCGACUGUUGCCCGUCUGUGGGACAUAAUGGGCUUCGUUGCUCCCACAGUCGUGUAUGCCAAAAUAUUAAUUAAAAUGCUUUGGCAAUUAAACCUUGAUUGGGACACUGUAGCUCCACCACACAUCAUUAAGAUGUGGAGACAGUUUUGCGAUGAGUUGCCAGCUCUAAAUAAGCUACACAUACCGCGUCAUGUGGGCGUGACAACAGACUGCGAGGUCACUCUCCUGGGACUAUCAGAUGCUAGUCUCGCAGCCUAUGGUGCUGUCGUUUAUUUACACGUUAGCUCCCCUACUGGUAACACUGUGCGUCUUGCUUGUGCGAAAAGUAAAGUUUCGCCGACGAAACCUCAUUCAAUUGCUCGUCUCGAACUAUUAGGUGGCGUCCUUCUGUCGAAAUUGCUUCGUACAGUACAUGACACUUACUCUGAGCGUAUCCCAAUCAAGGCUACAUAUGCAUUUCUCGAUUCCAAAGUCGCCCUAUAUUGGAUAAAAAGUUCACCGCAUAGAUGGCAGACUUUUGUCGCGAAUCGCGUUGUACAGAUAACUGAGAAUAUCUCACCAGACAACUUUUAUCAUUGCCCUGGCACUGAGAACUCUGCUGAUAUUCUAUCGAGAGGUGUAACUCCUGAGAAGCUUCUCUCACACCCUCUGUGGCUGCAUGGUCCACCAUGGGCAUCAAUGCAUCCGUCUCAGUGGCCACUCAAAACUCUAGAGGGAGAGUCUAUUGAAGACGUACCCGAGAAGAAGGUUCUUAUACACACUGUGUGUAAACCUAUACUCCCGAACGACUUACACGAGCUUGCUCUCCGUUUUUCUUCGUGGAGCAAACUUCUACGUAUAAUUGUAUACAUUUGUAGAUUUGCUAAAUUACUGCCUCGUCGCGGCACUAGUGCAGUUACCGCUGACGACUUAAAUUUCGCAGAGAAUAGAAUGCUACGCGCUCUGCAAAAUCAGCAUUUUGCUGAAGAAUAUUCUCUUAUUAAAAAUAAUAAAACAUGUUCACCGGCAUUUAAUCGCCUAAGACCAUUUAUUGAUGAUGGACUUAUCCGCGUUGGUGGUCGUCUCGACAACUCUGGACUUAGCUUUGAAAAAAUACAUCCGGUUAUAUUGCCUCGCAAUGGCCACGUGGUAAAUAUAAUCAUUGAUUAUUACCACAUUAAACAUUUACAUGCUGGACCCGAACUCCUAAUGGCCCUGCUUCGUCAGAGGUACUGGAUUCUGUCGGCACGCCGUAUUGUCAGGCAAAGAGUACAUAUGUGCAAUACUUGCUUUAGAUUUAAACCGCGUCCAACCAUUCCGCUGAUGGCGGAUCUUCCUGAUAUACGUACACGUCCAGCGUUGAAAGCCUUUAGUUUCACCGGCUGCGAUUAUGCAGGUCCUAUACCAUACGUUCCUGUACGCCGCCGUGGCGUACACAGCGAGAAAGCUUAUAUUGUGCUGUUCACGUGUCUCACUACGAGAUCUACGCACAUUGAGGUUGCUACCUCACUCAGCACUCCCAGUUUCCUCGCCGGGUUUAAAAGAUUCCUAUCACGUCGUGGUCCUGUUCAGGUGCUGCAUAGCGACAAUGCUAAAAACUUCCAGGGUGCUGCUUCUUACCUUCGGGACCUCUAUAAAUUUCUAAGAGAAGAAUAUUACCCGAAGCUAGAGCAGGAAUGCGCUGAAAAUCGCAUAACUUGGAAAUUCAUCUGUCCCAAUUCCCCACACUUUGGAGGUUCAUGGGAAAGUAUGAUCAAGGUGACUAAGACGAUCCUGUUCAAGGUCAUAGGGCAACAGCUCCUUUCAGAUGAGGAACUUUACACUGUGCUCAUUCAGGUCGAAUGUCUUCUCAAUUCGCGUCCGCUAACAAUACUAAGCUCUGACCCUGCCGAACCUUCGGCUCUUACUCCAAGUCACUUCCUACAUACUGCGCCUCUAUUCUCCUUGCCUGCGCCUGAUGUCAAUCCAGACAAAAUUAACUUGGUUGACAGGUACUCGUUAAUAGAUAAAAUGGUCCAAUCGUUUUGGAAUCGUUGGAGGAUGGAAUAUUUGCACGGAUUGCAAGUUCGUUUGAAAUGGAAUACGCCUUCCGUACCUAUUACGCCGGGAACUGUCGUCGUAGUUAUAAAUGACAACGUACCGCCUCUGGCUUGGCCUCUAGCAGUAGUAGAGAAAGUGCAUCCCUCGAAAGACGGCGUCAUACGCGUAGCGACCGUUAAAAUUUCCGGGAGAACUUACGUGCGUCCGGUCGUUCGCUUAUGCCCUCUUCCGACGCAAUAA